UGGAAGGAGGGGCCCAAAUCGUAUUCUGCUCAAGGAUUGGGCAGGCAAUGGGGAUUGUUCAUUAUUAUUUUUCAAAAAAUACUUUUGUACUUAUACAUUUGCACCGUGUGAAUUAUUUGUAUGGCUGUGGCUGUGCAUUCUAUCGGAAGGCAUCAGGCAAACCUGAAGAGCGCGUCACAAAACAGCUGCGCGGUCGCCCGUGUGCGAGGGAAAACCCGGUGGAAGUGUGAACCUCCACUUGAUGGCAGUAAUCGUCCGGGUGCGUGAGGGUGAAUAUGCGUGGGAGUUCCAUUUCUCGCCAUUCCGGAGUGUUCCUGUCCAGCUGCGCAUCGUGGAGAGGUCGAGCCCGUGUUUCUUCUUGCUGGCGAGAAUAACCUGCAGUCUCCACCCUUAACCUCCCCCGCCUUCACAAAUAACAGCAAUCUUCACCCAAACUAAUCCGGGAUUCAAGCAUGCCGAAGCAACAGCCGCGACCUAACUGCCGCGCCAGCCCCCAAACCUCAGCAGCAGCGGCAGCAACUGGUUUUCCACGACCGCGCGAGGAAGGAGACUCCGCCGAGUGAUGCCACUGCAGCCGCCUGCGACCGCGCGUAUCGUCGACACCUGCAGUCACCACAGAGUUUGACAGAAGACCAGAGACCGCCCCCCCCCACCCUCACCCCCCUCCUGCACACGCACUUCCUCUCGCAUCCGAACCCCCGCGAUGUCGUCCGGCUGCAACGCAAGUCCCGCGGACCGGCUGAUCACGUGUAGGCACGGCGAGGGGCGAACGGUGCUCGGCCAGUGACGGCGAGAUUGUGUGCACGCUGAUUCUGCCGCGAUCGUCCCUCCCUCCCCCCGCCGUCUCUUUCUUCUGUCUGGUGUUCAUCCCCGCUUGUCAAUCGUCACCGUGCAUGUGCCUGCCUCUCAAGCUUUUUCUGGGAGGGCGGGCGAUGAGAAGUGGGGAGGGGGGGGGGUAUCCGACGCCAUACGACACGAUCAGGGUCUUCCCCUAGUUAGUCUAUUAGAAUUCACUCCUCGCCGAGGCAAUACCCCAUUUUCCGGAGGAGGAGGAGGUGGAGGGGUGGGUGGUAUUGCCAUGCACGGGCUCCGUGUACGCGCACUACUCCUAGCGGUGGUCGGCUGCUACUGAAUAAUACCCUCCAGAGUCCCCCACGGAGUCAUAGAGGGAGGUACAAGCCGGCGAGUGUGGGAGAGAUGAGAGUCUUGUUCCAAUGAAACGCCGAGCAGUGUGACGAUGACAGCGAAAGGCAGACAUAAAGCGGUCCCCUUCCCUCUGGCCCAUCGGCUGACCAUGAAGGAGGUGUUCGAUGCCGAGGGCCGACCGAGGGUGGACCUACUCAAAGCUCACCUCACCAAGGAGGGCCGACUGGAGGAGGCAGUGGCCCUACGCAUCAUCGAUGAGGGCGCCGCCAUCCUGCGCCAGGAGCGCACCAUGUUGGACAUUGAGGCACCAGUAACAGUGUGUGGAGACAUCCACGGCCAGUUCUUCGACCUGAUGAAGUUGUUUGAAGUGGGAGGUUCCCCUGCCAACACGCGAUACCUCUUCCUGGGGGACUAUGUAGACAGGGGCUAUUUCAGUAUUGAGUGUGUCUUGUACUUGUGGUCACUGAAAAUCCUCUACCCAAAGACUCUCUUUCUUCUACGGGGGAACCAUGAAUGUAGACAUCUGACGGAAUAUUUCACCUUCAAACAAGAAUGUAAGAUCAAGUAUUCGGAGCAGGUGUACGACUCCUGCAUGGAGGCGUUUGAUUGCCUGCCCCUGGCAGCCUUGAUGAACCAGCAGUUCCUGUGCGUGCAUGGCGGCCUUUCGCCAGAGAUCCACACACUGGACGACAUCAAAAAGUUGGACCGAUUCAAGGAGCCUCCGGCGUUUGGGCCCAUGUGUGACUUGUUGUGGGCAGACCCACUUGAAGACUUUGGCAAUGAGAAGACCCAAGAGUACUUUGGACACAACACAGUCAGAGGCUGCUCUUAUUUCUACAGUUACCCGGCAGUGUGUGAGUUUUUACAGACCAACAAUUUGCUUUCAAUCAUCAGAGCGCACGAAGCACAGGAUGCUGGGUACCGUAUGUACAGAAAGAGUCAGACAACAGGUUUUCCUUCACUCAUCACCAUCUUCUCUGCUCCAAACUACCUGGACGUCUAUAAUAACAAAGCGGCGGUGUUGAAAUACGAGAACAAUGUUAUGAACAUCCGCCAGUUCAACUGCUCCCCUCACCCGUACUGGUUGCCUAACUUUAUGGACGUCUUCACCUGGUCUCUGCCUUUUGUGGGGGAAAAAGUGACAGAGAUGCUGGUCAAUGUCCUGAGCAUCUGCUCCGAUGACGAACUCAUGAACGAUGGCGAUGAGAUCUUCGAUGCAAGUGCAGCUGCAGCCAGAAAGGAGGUGAUUAAGAACAAAAUCCGUGCCAUCGGGAAGAUGGCCAAAAUGUUUUCAGUUCUACGGGAGGAGAGUGAGAACGUGUUGACACUGAAGGGACUGACCCCUACAGGUAUGCUGCCAAGCGGAGUGCUGUCAGGGGGCAAACAGACUCUGCAGAGCGCCAUCCGAGGCUUCUCCCCGCAGCACCGGAUCAGCAGUUUCGAGGAGGCCAAAGGUCUGGACCGGAUCAACGAGAGAAUGCCGCCGCGACGUGACGCCAUCAACAGCGUGGGCCUGUCAAUGGGCCGCAUGAAUAUGGGAGAGCCCAAUGGGACCGACAGCAACAGCAAUAUACAGUGAUGGAUGUGGACUGUCACACGGCCGGAUGCAGUUUCUGCAGUUACAACAACCUUAUAAUCACCAUCCUUACUGAUAUCUGUACAUAGACAUACUCACUAAGCAAAUGCAGUAUUUCAAACACACAAACACGCUCACAAGAUUAUAUAGCCCUUCUCUUUACUGUAUAUUAAAGGCAUAAGUGUGGCCGGACUUGACGAAGGCUUCUCUUUUCAGAGAACAGCAACUCCCUUGUACCCGCACCACAGACGGACAGAAACUACGUACUUGAAAUGAGCAGAACGGGAGUAGCUACUAUUCACUGUGCAUGUCGGAGCUCCCACUGGGCGGACAGUGGAAAGUGUCGUGUUGACAAGGACCGGGCGGGGUCAAGGUGCGGCCUGCCGGGACGUCAAAGACUCUCGUUCCCGUUUGCAUCCAAAAACGAGAAGUGCAGCCAAAUUUACAAUAGUAUGAUUUUUUUUUUCUUUUAAAUAGAAUUGCUGAAAUGCUUCAACAAUGUCCAUGCGGUUAUAUUUGACAAAUGCUCCGUUCUUCACCAAGAUGAAGACUUGUGGCUUCUCAAGCAGAGUUGCUCAAAGAUAAUCGAAGCCGCAGACGGAUCUGAGCCCUUGUCUGACAUUGUGGGGCGGAGAUUCUCCUUUGCUUUUGUAGCACGGCACCUCCAUUUGGAGUGGAGGCCCACUCACCCCCCUCUGGUCUCAGGCUAACUAGCUCUCGGGGAAUUUAAAAAAAAAAAAAAGAAAACGUCUGGAACUAGGCUGAAAUGGGAUUCUUUGAACGUUUUAUUUUGCACACACGAUGCAAGAUGCAGUUUAGCGGAAAUAGAAUGCUUUAUGUAUGCGAGGGAACUGUGUUUGAAAUGUGAAGUCAUAGUUCAUUAAUCCCGUUUCCACGACCCUUUCGCUACCAAACGGCAGCGAUGGCCGACAAUCUCCGGCCUCAAAAGUAGGAAAUUAUAUUUUACAGGAGAAACACACUCUCAAGCUUUCAUGAAGAGAACAAAUCAAGGAAAAAAAAAACGUCUUUGUGAAGCAUUUAUGUUAACGCAUCGGUGCAUGCAGAGUUAAGUUAUUUGAUAAUAAUGUGAAUUCUAUCUGUGCUCUGUGUUUCACUAUAGUAGGAUUUUUUUUCUUCUCUUUUUCUAGCUGAUACGAGCUGAGGAAUAUGAAUAAUUUAUUUUGUACAUAGUUAAUUCGCUUUUUUUUGUAUUCACUUUGUGUUAUAUUAUGUUGACUUUUCUUCCCACUUUCCAUCACCUGCGUCCUGUUUCUUUGAGCGCUGUACAGAACGACAACACUGCACACUUUGAAUCAAAAGUGUGGAGUUCACGUUUAUUACUCUGUGCUUUGUCAGUGUGCAGGAAUCGUUUUCAAUGAAAUUCAAAUUAGAGUCGAAUACCACACAAUAUACGAAGGCACAGGCAUUCGGGCAGCCAAACGCAUGAUUGCAUGGAGAAAAAAAAAUACAUAAAUGGAUAAAUAUAUAAAUUGCGCGGUUGGAAGCUAAAAGCAGCAAAACACAUUUGAACAGAGAAACCCGGUUAUGUUGCAAUGACAAUUUAAAGGCAAAAAAAAAUGUACUCCCAUAAAUAGUGAUUUUUCUUGUUAUUUGAUAUUUAUGGUUCUAUGAUUAUUAUAUUUAUUAUGAACAUUACUCUUAAUAUAUAAGCUCUCCCUCACUGUUAUUUGCUCUUUAUGUUGCAUUGCUCCUUGUGCUUUGGGAAAGGUGUUUCCCCCCCCCGCCCACCCGUCCUACACAAACCCCCAUGCCAUGCCUUGGUUUUCGCUCUCUCUCUCUCUCUCUCUCUCUCUCUCUCUCUCUCUCUCAUUCACUCUCUUUUGCUCUUUUGGUUUUAACUCUCAUCCACUAACACUGUUAGCAUGCCCCAU